AUGGGCAAUACGGACAGUACAACAAAAGAAGAACAACGCAUUCUCAGUCAGCCACAAACAGGUGAAGCAAGUGAAUUCUAUUGGGCUUGUCGAAAUGGCAAUAUUGAAAAAGUAAAACAGCUUCUACCGACUAUUUCAUACGAAGAUUUAAAUCGACUUGAACCGAAUGGAAGUACACCUCUUCAUGCAGCGUCUUACUCUGGUCAAGUGGAAAUCGUCCGUCUUCUUCUACACAAACGUGGUUGUCGACGAGAUCGUCUAAAUCGACAUGGGCUGACUGCCUAUGAAGAAGCAUUUUCCGACGACAUUCGCCAAUUAUUUCAUCGUCCUGCUGGAAGAAAUCGAUUUUGUGAUCAAGAUGAUAGUGAACAAGAAGAUGUUGAGAAAAUGUUUGAAAUAACCGUGAAAGAAGAUGCGAAAGAAGAAGAAGAUGAUGAUUCGGAGGAAUUAUCUGAGGAUAAAUGGUUACAACAGCGUGCAACUUCAAAAGAAAUCGAAAAUGCGCAGAUAUUUUUAGGUACAGCAACACGUCUUACUGGAUCCAAACUAGUACGACUAUUGUUGGAUGAUUUCGAUAAAGAUUUUAGUCAGGGAAAGCUCAAAGAAGAUCUUAAUGAAAUGCUUACUGAACAUGUUACCCAUAAGGAUUCAGCAUACGAUAAAUGUAGAGCACUGGUUACUAAAGCUUUUGCAGAGAAUAGACCAGAACCUUUGCUUCGAUUGUAUUCAUUGGAAACAGGUUUUUAUCGUGCUCUUGCUAAUGAUGUCGAGCCUUUGAUUACGCCAUUAUAUAUAUUAUUAGAGAAAUUGAAGCCUCGUUAUUUUCAAGGCGUUUCCUAUCGUGGUGUAAAAAUGACUGCCAAAGACUUGCGUUCUUACCGACGGGCACUCAAGAAAAACGGUGCUAUUCAAACAAAAACAUUUUGUUCAACGUCAUUAGAUCGGUCUGUAGCCGAAAGAUUUGCUGGUACAACCAAUAUGAAUGACGAAAAACAAAGCGUUUUAAUGAUAUUUAACUUUGCGGAGAAAUGUGACACAGCAAUCAAUUUAAACAGAUUAUCCAAUGAACUUCCAUGUCUAUCAGAAUAUGAAAAUGAAAAAGAAGUAUUAGUGUUCCCCAUGACAUUAUUCUAUGUUACGCAUAUUGAAGAAGGAACAAACUGUAUGACAAUUUACCUGAAAAAUAUUGCUGUGCCAAAAAUCGGUUUAUUUCGUGCGCUAAAACGUGUGUAUGAUACUGAAAAAUGGACAAAUGACAGAAUAUAUUGA